GUUUACUUCCAUCUAUUUUCUUAUCAAAAUGUUGUACCAUUUCAAAUGAUGCUAAGCAGUACAUUGUUCAAUCCAACUCGACACAUUCCUGUUGUGAAUUUGAAAUGAAUUGGGGUUGUUGUUAUUACAUAACUCAAUGUCAUAGUCCUUGUUUCCCAACCACAACAGAAAUCAAUCCAACAUUAAAAACUAUUGAAUUAGACAAUAAUUUAUCACUCCAUCAAAAUAAUACUGAUGAUGAUUAUGUUAUAGAAGAGAUCCCAGUAAACCGUAACACUACAUCAAAUCUUUCAAAAAUCAAUUUAGAUUUAUCUGAAAUUAAAUAUGAACGUAAACUACUAUUAAUGAUACCAGAUACAAGUGAACAAUCAUCAAAUUAUGCAGAGAAAUUGCCACAACCCAUUACUAGAACACAUUAUUAUCAUCCUAAUUCUCUAUCACAAUUUCCUAAAGAACAACUGCAAAAUUCUCUCAAUAUUGAACAAACCACAUGGUAUAUUCUAUGUUUUUUGAUAGAAAUUUUAGCAUUUGCUCAAAUUGGUUAUUUAAUUUUUGAAGAUUUGUUACCAUGGAUCUCAAAUCUACUCAUUAUUCAUUUUGGUUUCAGUAUGAAAUUGAAACUAAACAUUAAUUGUCGUCUAAAACGUAUGUUUGGUACAUUUUUCUUGCUAUUUGAAGAAUGGAGUUUGUUUAUAUUUGGUGUUGAACGAAUUUGUAGUGUUUUACUGCAUAAUCAUCAUCAUCAUCAUCAUCAUCAUGGAUUAUUAAAUCGUAGUUCCCAGCCGCCACCAAUGUUAAAUGAACCAACUCGAUGGAAACCGCAUACAUUAUGCAUAAAAAUUAGUACAUGCCUAUUUAUCGCGAUAAUAUUCGCUGCAUUAUGUAAUUAUCUAUGGGUUUUUGGACAAUUUCAUUGGAUUAAUUCAGUGGAUUCGCAAAUCGGUGAAACAUACAAUAUCAGUUUUAUUGAAACGUUCACAUGUAAUGUCAGAUCGGAAUAUUUCAAAUUUUAUUAUACAUUUCUAAUUUAUUUCGACCCGUUAUUCUCAUUCCUGUUCCCACAUUUAUGUGCAUUUGUAAUUUUUGUCAUCAUUCUAUUAAAAAUUUGUCUGAAAUCAAUUUCGAAACGAUUUAAAACCCCCAGGAAAAUAACUCAGGAUGAUACUUUGCUUCACAUUAUUCCAUCAAUGUAUAAAUUUCACAGAUUGAAUAGCAUGAUUGAUCAUUUAACCACUCUCAUUUAUCUUGUUGACAGUUUCAUCAUUGUCACAUUGAAAUUUUGGCGCAAUAUUGAAAAAUCCAUGAUGGUAUUUGUUCAUGUCACAUUAGAUAUGAAUUAUUUGAUGAUUAGAAAUGAAUUGUAUCAUUUGGUGUUUUGUUUAGUACCAAUUUUGACAAUUAUUAUUUAUUUGAUGUUUUAUGUUAAACUUAGAAAAUAUUGUAAUUUGUGA